AUGGCGCCCUUUACUCACGACAUCGCCCCCGAUGGAGACCUCUACAUUGUCCUAGAGAAAGCCAACACGAUGCGUACUAUUCCAAGCGUCAUUUUCCGCUUGUUGACCUCAGAGACUCCCACGUUCGGGCCUGAUACCCGUGCUGUGAACCUUCCAGAGACGAGUUCGGGUCUUGAGCUCCCCAAGGACCAAGACAAGGACUUGAAAUAUCGAUUUCGAGUCUCUUCUCAUCAUUUGACUCUUGCUUCUCCAAUGUUCAGAAGAAUGCUCAAUGGUCCCUGGAAGGAAUCAGCGGCAGCUAGAACAAGUCUACCCGAGACAACACCAGAGACCUCAGCAGAAGCCGCAGAAGCAUCUGCCGUGCGUGAGAUCUCAACAACAGGAUGGGAUGUCCACGCUCUCAGCUUUUUUAUGGACGUCGCUGUCAUUGUUGACUAUUAUGAGUGCGCUGACGCUGUUGCUAUCGCUGCAAAUCUCUGGAAAAACGACAUCCUCGCGUCUAAAGGUGAUAGGUUUCCUAUGGAAGGAAAAGCGUCGGUCAUGUGGCUAUGGAUUGCUUGGGUUUUCACUUGGCCAUCUGAAUUUGGUAAAGCAGCCUACAGAGAAGUGUAUCAUAGCCAGGGAAUGGAUCUUAUUGAUACCCACGAUCUUCCCGUUGCGAUUCUCCUUGAAAAGUUGGAGGGAAAGAGAAAAUGGUCAUUCGAGUUCUUCACUGCCAGACUCGCUACACUACGAGACGAACUCCUUGAAUUACGCGUGGGUUGUAAUCACAAAUGCAGGUGUAUAUUGCUCGGUGCAAUUGAUGCUGCUGAGCACGAAAUGCACAAGCGCCUUAUGGCCUCUGGCUUACCAUACGAUGGUAUCUCUAUCUCGCAUGUUGCUGAGAUUUGGGAGGAUAUUGAUUCACCCGAUUGUUGCGACUCUUCUGAAAGGAAGCGAGGUCAUCCCCGGGACUGCAGUCUCAGAAAGCUGAUUCAGCCAACUUUCGAUGAGAUUGUCGCUGAGUUCAGCAAGAUCAACUUCUCCGCCAUCCAAGCUAAGAAGGUCUAA